AUGUAGACAGCUGAUAAAGAGAUAGUGAUAAUUGAGAGCAAAUACAAAAUCCUACUGAAUAAGAUUAAAGUUUUAAAUGAUAGAAUAUCAGAGUUUUAGGAGAUGACUUUGAAUCAGAAAAUUUCGAGAAUCUAGAGCACUUAAGGGAAACUAAACUUAGAUUAGAAAAAGCAAUUAGAUCUAAUGGAAGAAGUCAGUGCAAAAAAUAUCAAAUUGAUUGAUUAGAGUUUAAAUUUAUCCAACGAAUAAACCUUAUUUUAAUUAAAACUAGAAGAAUUUUGUGAUAACUAUUCAAGAAAUGAAAUUUAAAAAGAGAAGAAACUGAAUGAAUUGAAAUCAUUAAUAGAAAAAAUCAAGAACGAAUUUAAUGAAAUAGAUACUAGUUUCAAGUAGCUGUUUGUAUAAUAUAUAGCCUUUACAGAUUAUGAAGAAAAUUUGAAAUAAUAUAAGUAAAAGUUAAUUGAUUUAAGCAAGUUAAAAGAAAAUUUAGAAAUGGAGUAUACAUUUAAGGAAGACUUUAUUCGAGAUUUUAGCCAAGUAUAAUUUCCAAAUGGAUAGCCAUACUAAGAAAGUGGAAAUGCUGAAAUCUCAAAUUUAGUAGCUUGA